AAACAAAAGCUCUUUAUUAUUGGUUGCUCGGCAACAGUACAGACGCCUUUUACGCUUCCGGAAGUGCGUGGCUCUGAGGAAAUAUGGCGCACAGAGCGGUUCAUAUACCAGUGAUAUUUAUAGCUUCAACCUAUUCUUUUACCGUAUUCUGUCUGUCUGUUUUUGUAGCUUUUGCAGCAUUUGAAACAGUGAACACGGACAAUGUGUUCAGUGCAAGCCACACGGCUACUAUACCCGUCGCUGCCGCCAGGGAUCUGCGAUACUUGUUGUAUGACGUAAACCCCCCAGAGGGUUUCAACCUGCGGAGGGAUGUGUACAUCCGCAUGGCCUCCCUGGUGAAGACGUUGAGGAAGGAGGGCGAUGACUGGGUAUUGGUGCUUCCUCCAUGGGGUCGCCUUUACCACUGGCAGAGCUCUAACAUCCACCAGAUCCGCAUCCCCUGGGGAGAGUUCUUCAGCCUCACCAGCCUGCAGGCCAAUGUACCUGUCAUUGAGUAUGAGGAGUUUAUUGCUGAAAAUGGAGGCCCAUUCAUCGACCAAGUUCUAGUGCUGCAAAACUAUGCUGAGGGAUGGACUGAUGGAAAAUGGGAGGAAAAAGUUGAUGAGCGGCCAUGUAUUGAGAGGCUGAUGUACUCCAAAGACAAACAGGGAUACUAUAGGGGCUGGUUUUGGGGCUACGAGGAAACGAGAGCUCGAAAUGUGACAUGCAUAUCAGCCCAAGGCCAUGCCUCCAUCAUGUCCCCGGUUCUUCAGAAAAACAUCACAGUGACAUCAGUAAUGCUUGACCGAGCUGAGACACUCCUUCAUGAUCACUAUGCUGGGAAAGAUUACUGGGAUACCCGCCGCAGCAUGGUUUUUGCCAAGCACCUGCGACUCAUAGGUGAUGAAUUCAGAGCAAAGUACCUGAACUCUACAGAUGACAGAGACCACACCAUUUACAGUGAGGAUUGGACUCGCAUGAAAGCCAAGCUGGGCUCAGCUAAAGGUGGCCCAUAUCUAGGGGUCCACCUGCGCAGGAAGGAUUUCAUCUGGGGUCACAGAGAGGAUGUACCCAGUCUCAGGGGGGCAGUCAAAAAAAUGCGCAGCUUGAUGAAGAAGCACAAACUUGACAAAGUGUUUGUUGCAACAGAUGCAGAUGAGGAAGAAUUGAAGGAGCUGAAAAAGUUGUUGCCAGACAUGGUGCGGUUUGAACCAUCCACAGAGGACCUGGAGCUCCUUAAAGACGGAGGAGUGGCCAUCAUUGACCAGUGGAUAUGUGCUCAUGCAAGGUUCUUUAUUGGAACAUCUGUGUCCACCUUCUCUUUCCGAAUCCAUGAGGAGCGGGAGAUCUUGGGUUUUGACCCCAAAACUACAUACAAUCGUUUCUGUGGGGACACUGAGAAAGAAUGCGAACAGCCCACACACUGGAAAAUUGUUUACUAAUGUGACCUCUGACUUUCCUGACACACACACAAGUGCCAAAAAGCAGUGUUAAAAGUGAUUUAUUUGUAUGGAAUAUAGUUGGAAGAUAUUUUUUAUGGUUUCAGAGUUGUGCAAUCAGGUCUGUAGUGACCGCUGUGACUGAACCUUAUGCUCAAAUGGCCAAGACUGGGUUGCCAAACAUGUAUUACUGUAAUAAUUAAAUCUGCAUAUAUUUUUUAGGUUGUAUGUUGAAUGUGGUUUCCUACAUGACACGUAGUACAUAGCACACCGUGCUUUGAUACAUUUUCGAUUAAAGGUGCACAGUGCAUUGUUUGUUGGUGCAUUGCUGCUGCUGCCCGCUCAUCAGUGGAAUAAGUGGAUGAGCAUUUAACUGAUGGCAGGAAAGUGUAUGCUGUGCAUAUGCAUCCAUAUGCCAAACGAAGCAGUUCUGCUCACAGAAACACUGCUUCCUAGCACUACUCCACAGGGGGACAUUUAAAAUAGAAGACCAUACCAACUGAUUAUCAGCUCAUGAGUUGUUGAAAUGAGGUGCUUUUCCCAUCUACUAUCACUGUAUUUCAGCGUUUGUGUGGAAUAACUUCUGUUAUUUCAUAUUUUUUUGCAGCACUAGUAUUAACAUUUGUUACAUGGGGCUGCAUUACAGUAUUACGAUGUACUGAUACUGACUGAAAAACAUGUAUUUGAAUUUUAGUGAUGCUAAAUUCUUACCACCUUUUCAGUGAAAGGAAUUGAAAUGACGCAAAGAAGCCACUGUGUCCUGUCAACACUAGCCAACCAUUAAGCUGUUAUCUUACAACACACCCUUUGUUCCAUUCCUGUAGGAUGUACAUCUUUUGAUAAAAAAAAUCAGAAAGAACUGUCUGGUAUGGGCAUUGUCACAUGAAGUGGUUUGUACAGCAGAUGUGUGAUUUUGGUGUUGAAUAAAACCCAGUUUUAAGUAGAGUUUCAA